AUGCCGCGGGGCUUCCUUGUGAAGCGGAGCAGGCGGCUGGGAGGCUCCUACCGCGGGCGCCCCCCGGCCCGCGCCUUGCCGCUGCCCGCCGCCCCGGAGCUCCCCCCGCCGGCGGCGCCCAGCCCGCCCCCGGUCCCGGCCUCGGCCCUACCCCUGGCCCUGGCCGCGCCCGCGUCCCUGUCCGCGCCGCCCGCCGCCGCCCGCAGGCCGCCGCAGCAGCAGGAGGCGGCGGGCGCGGGGCCGGGGCCGGUGCCGGGGCAGCAGGGCCUAGCCGGCAGCGCGCCCGCCCCGCCCGAGGGCCCGGCGGGCUGGGGGGCGGGUGGCGCGGGGCCGCCUAAGCGCCUCUUCUUCGAGCGCUGCCUCAGCUCGCCAGCCUCGGCCGAGUCCUUCCCCGCCGCCGCCGCCGCCUUCCCGCCCGCCGAGCCGCCACUGCCGCCGCCGCCCCGCACGCCCCUGCCCGCGCCCGCCCCCGCGCCGCCCGCCGCGCUCUGCCCCGCGCUGCAGCGGCCGCCCCGCGCCAAGGCGCCCGCCAAGAAGCCGAAGGCGGCGGCGCGGAGGCUCAGCUUCGCCGACGAGGUGACCACGUCGCCCGUGCUGGGGCUGCGCAUCAAGGAGGAAGCGGCGGGGGGGGCGGCGGCGGCGGCGGCGGGCGGCCGGGCCGGGCGGACGCCGUUGGGCGAGUUCAUCUGCCAGCUGUGCAAGGAGCACUACGCCGACCCGCUGGCGCUGGCGCAGCACCGCUGCUCGCGCAUCGUGCGCGUCGAGUACCGCUGCCCCGAGUGCCACAAGAUCUUCAGCUGCCCCGCCAACCUCGCCUCGCACCGCCGCUGGCACAAGCCGCGCCCCGGCCCCGACGCCCGCAAGCCGCCGCCGCCCCCGCCGCCGCCGCCGCCGCCGGGCUCCGAGGGCAAGGAGAACAGCGGCCUGGCGCGCCCCGACGGCCCCGCGGCCGCUCAGCACCUCGGCGCCGCGGACAGCGCCUGCCGCCGCGACCCGCCCCUGCAGCCGCCGCCGGCUCCGCCGCCCGGCCCGUCCGCCGCCGUGUUCGCCUGCCCCUGCUGCCACAAGCGGUUCCGGCGCCAGGCUUACCUGCGCAAGCACCUGGGCACCCACGAGGCGGCGCGGCCCGGCCCGGCCGGCUACGGCCCCGGCCCCGGCCCCGGCGGCUUCCCGUGCCCGCUGUGCGGGGCGCCCUUCCCGUCGGCCGAGCUGCGCGACAAGCACGGGCUGUGGCACGCGGUGCGCGACGAGCUGCUGCUGCCGCCGCGGGGCCCGGCCGAGGGCCGCGCGGCCGAGGCGGCGGAGCAGCGCGGCUUCCCCUGCAAGCACUGCCCCGCCGCCUUCUUCAGCGCGCCGGGGCUGGCCCGCCACGUCAGCAAGUGCCACCCGCCCGACGGCCGCGCCGGGCCCGUGCUGCUGCUCCACGUGCCGCUGCGCCCGGGCUGCUGAUGGGCGCGGGCUGCAGGGAAGCGAGACCGCAGGAGCCGGCGGGCCCCGCUGCUGCGUCUCGGCAUUGAACGUGCGCGUCCCGCGCCCCGCAGCAGGUGACAGCCCCCCCCCCCCCCACCUCAGAGCCGGCUGCAGCUUCCCCGCCCGCUGCGCUAGACACGGCUUCUCCUGCUCGCGGUACAAAGAGCUGCGGCUUGACAGAGCUUUAGGAUGCUGGGCUUGCUCGUGUCUCACAUGGCAAUAGCUAUAAGUGAGGAAACUAAUGGCCAGGGCAGUGGCCGUCCCUUAGCACAAGUGUGUUGGGCAGCCCAGCACCUCGUUAAACCCUAGCAGAGCAAGGUGGAGGCAUUGGGCAGCUAGUACAAAGAUGAGGCAGGAGCUGCAGGUCUCUUUGCUUUAGCCCUAGGCCCAGGAGAAGCCUAGCUAUAAAGCAGCUGGAAGCUGCAGCCGGAGGAGUCCCAUCCUCAGGCAAAACCCAGGCCCAAGUGAAAGGGAUGGCUCCCCAGUGCCUUACCAUGGAGCACCUCUGACGCGUGCUGUUAUUCCAGUGUGUGCACCUUCACAGCCAGCUGUGGAGAAGCCAAAAGGGCUCCUAAUCCAGUGUCCAAGGAAGGUUUAUUAAAAGCCCACACCUGAUGUUUAAGGCAAAACUCAAUUCUUGAAAAUAAGUUCUCCCAUGGAGAAGCAAGAGCGCAUUGCGCCCUCUCCUUGUCUUAACUCCCUUCCUACAGUCAAACACAAGGAAGGCAAGACAGGCUAGAACCAAAUAAACAACCACGGUGGCAUCAGGGAACAUCUGCCGGGCAGGAUGUUCUAGGGCUCUGCAUUAUCCCAAUGGCUCUAAAAGUAUGAUGAGCCUACACGUUUUCAGUAAGGCUUUUAUUAGAAGCCCUCCAAGGCUUGGGGUGAGAAGUAGAAGUGGUCGAAUAACAUACAUCAACGUUAACUAAAGAAUGAGAACUAAAUGGCACCAUCUGAUCCGGAAACCUCCCAACUCCUCCACAUCUAAUAAAGAUUAUGGACCAAACUAUUCUUUUACUCAAUGGAAUAAGUCAGAGCUUAAUCUCUGAGGUGCAAUGAAUAAUAUACAGAAGGUGGUAAGAAUAAUUUUAUUGUAUUAUUAAAUAGCAUGUCUUCUCUUUAACCAUUACAAAUCUGUGGAUACUACAUGAAUGACAAUACAUAAUUUAUAUUUCUAUUGUUGCCCGUAUGAUAUAUUUACACAUGCAGUUAGUACAGAUGCCAUGCUAUGUUUUGUCAUAGCAGAAUAUGCUCGACUUAAAAUGUGAGCAUUUCAUCUUCUAUAGGAAAAUACCUCUUGGUGGGUGGAAUGUGUGCACUAACCUGCGCUCACAAAGUCAGGAUCAUCAGCAUUUCAGGUCGGACUCCUAGAGCGUGUUCCCUUUUCUUCCAUAGUACACAGCAUUGGAGCAAUGAAUUUACAUUGGAAAAGUGCUUCUUUAUGUAAGAAUAAUAUACAUCUAGAUCCAGCAGCCUGAUGAUAAAAGGCUACAUACUCAGAGCAAAAGAGCAUUUACUACUGAUACCACAUUAGAAAAAUAUUUGGAAGCCAAGCAUAAUCAGAAUUUCAGCACAGUGAUUUUUCUUAUUUCCGGUAUACUUUAUGGCAUCACCUGCACAGUUAUGAAAUAAUAUAUUGCAUUGUGAAGGAAGAGUUGGUGCUGAUAGCAAGUUAUGUUUUGUUUGGACUCUGAAAUGCUAAAAGACCAUUUACUUUAAGUAUUUCAUUCUUAUAACAUAAAUAAAUCUGUACACAUCGUGUGCAUUAACAUAUGACCUUUGACGAGGACUUUACAAAUGCAUCUUCAAUUUAAAAUUGUACAUUCAUUUUCAAAUUGUACAUAUUUAUUUCUUUGUUACAGAGAAAAUUGCGAUGGGACACAAUAAAUAUAGUGUAUAAGA